AUGUCGACAAGUUUAAAAAUCAACCUCAAGAAAAAAGCGGGACCCAAAAAGCUCCUUAAACAAGAGCCUACAGAUGAGUCAAAGACUCUAAUAGAAUCGUACACGGCUACUAAAGCUAACCAGAACCAAACGGAAGAAUGGGUGAUAAAGCCAAAAAAGAUUAGUCGUUCAAUAAUACAGCCACAAGAACCGAAAAAGAAGGAGUCACAGGAUAAGCUACAGUACGGGGUUACCACUUUUGAAAAACCCGAGCCUGUGAGAACAACACCUGUGAUUCGGAAGUUGACUUACGAAUCGGAUUCAGAUGACGAAGAAGAAGACGAUGAAAAGAAGAAGAUCCCCGUUGAGGAGUUUGGUGCUGCAUUUCUUCGAGGACUAGGAUGGGAUGGAAAGAAAGACGAUCAAGACACAUUUGACGAGGAUGUUAAAAAUCGGCAGCGAGGUGUGACAUUGGGUAUUGGCGCCAAGCCCAUUGACAAUGAUCUAGCAAGGGAAUUACAAAGUCAAGUAGGCGAUGUACCUCUAGUGAAGCGAAGAAAAAAGCACUAG